AUGUACUUGCAUACCCCGUACAAGGCAAUGUGGACUCCUCCCGGCCCGGGCUAUGAUCCCACGGAGCGCUUGACGCAGCAACUUUCACAUUUAACCUUCUAUGAGCAGCAAGCGCCGGCGCCGGCGCCGUAUACUACAUCGCCAUCUCAGCAAGCUGCUGCGCAUCCGACUUCGGGGGGACCGACGGUUGCCGCAUUGCCAGCUCCGGAUCCUGUCUCCAACAAUCCGAACUAUGAUUUGUCCUGUUACGACCCGCCGGUCUGGAGUACGUCCAACAUCGGGGCAUGUCUACCGCCAGUGGACUACCCUUCACAGUCCUAUACGCAUGCCACUCCAACAUCGGGGCUAUGGCAAGACUGCACCGACGGCCUCCAACACGGGUGCAAUAGUCAAUUCAUUCCCGGCUAUUCACUCGUGGAGACGAUUAGAGAACCGAAAUACUCUGGCACAAGAGGGCUCGAUUCCUUUAUCGAGCCCGCGAAGCCCCUGCUGAUGGCUUGUCCAUAUCUGAAGCACGAUCCGUCGAGGUAUAGUCAGAGACGGAGCUGUCGAGGAGCGGCGUUUCCUAGCACGCACCGGCUGAAGGAGCACCUACAUAGAACUCAUAGGCAAAAGCCCAACUGUCCACGCUGUCGCAGCCUCUUCAAAACCGAGGCCGAAGUCGGGACACAUCUCAAGGCGCAGACUCUGUGCAACGUCGUCCAGGGCGAAGACAGUGUCGAGGGGUUUGAUGCUGCUCAGGAGAAGCUUCUCAAGAGUAAGAAGCGUAGAAAGGGGGUCGAGACGGAAGAGGAUAAGUGGAGAGAGAUUUUCAAGAUUCUCUUUCCUAGUCACCGAGAUAUACCGGAUCCUUGUGAGUACUCUGAGAAUGAGCACGACGCGAAGAGCCAGCUGACAUUGAGUAUAGUCUACAAGACCUCUCUGGAUGACCGGUCCGCCACGAGCCAGGCGUCAGUACGGGAGCAAGACGAUGUCGAGAGCAUUUUUACUAGAGAUAUACCAUCGCCAGUGGAAGAGGAGAUGUCCUCGAAACUGGAGGAGGCUGUCGGUGGCCGCUUGAGCAAAAAGAAACGAAGGAAGUUGCUGAAUGUGUUCAAGGGUUUCGCCGUUAAGAUGCUCCGUCAUUCCGCAGAGGGAGACAUCAAGAGCAGGGCUAUCACAUCCCCUUCAAAGUCUACUCAGAUUGAAAAGCCGUCUGGGACUGAACGGUCUGCUCGAGCUCCGAGCGAGAAGCUGUUGCGUACGGUUGCGGAUGAUAAACCGGACGAGAAGCUGCAAGGGAAGCAUGACGAGAUCUACGAUUUGCAUGAAGCAACACAAAGCGGAGUGCCGCCGAUGGAUCCGGUGAUAGCUCCGAGCUGCUUGCCGUCGGUAGAAGUAACGGAGGCCCGUAGCAUCUUGUUGGAUUCUCAAGCCUUUGGUCUCUACUUGGACUCGGAUAUUACCUGCUGGUCGGCCUGGGAUGCGGCGUUAGCCAAUGACAAUGGAGACGCGUGGCUGGACGACAUACUGGGUACUGGGAAUGCUUCACAAGGAGAUCUUGCCCAAGAGCAGGACAAGACGCUUGAGGUUGAUCCUAUAAAUGCUUUUGAUGGAGUUGGGACUAUUGCGAUGCGGGUUCAGCAUGUUGCAGGUGAGAACGGCACAUUGUAG